AUGGCGGCGAUCCACGGCCAUUGUGACCCGGCCUUCAGUCGCGUCCGCGAGUUGCUGCAGGACCGGGUGCGCGACGGCGACGAGCUGGGGGCUUCACUCUGCGUCACCCUCGGCGGGCGGACAGUCAUCGAUCUCUGGGGCGGCCACGCCGAUGUGGCCCGCACCCGACCCUGGGAGGAGGACACAAUAACCGCCAUCUGGUCGAGUUCCAAGGUAGUCACCAACCUGGCAGCUCUCCUCCUCGUCAGCCGCGGUCUGCUCGACCCCGACGCGCCCGUCUCCACCUACUGGCCCGAGUUCGCAGCCAACGGCAAGGAACAAGUCUUGGUCUCGCACAUCCUCAGCCACAGUUCCGGCGUCUCAGCCUGGGAGGCCCCGAUAACGCUCGAAGAGAUCUACGAUAUACCCACAUCCACCGCGAAACUUGCGCAACAGCCCUCUUGGUGGACGCCUGGCGAACACUCCGGAUACCACCUGGCCAACCAAGCUCACCUGGUCGGGGAGCUGGUGCGCCGCGUCACAGGGCAGCCGCUGCACCAGUUCAUUGCCGACGAGCUGGCGGGGCCGCUGGGCGCGGACGUCCAGCUGGGGGUGCCCGAGCGGGACUGGCCCCGGACGGCGGAGAUGAUCCCCCCGCCGCCGCUGGCCCUUCCCGACCUCGGCCCCGCCAGCGUGGCCGCCAGGUCCUUCGCGGGGACCCCCUUCCCGCCCGAGGCCCCCAUGACCCCGGCUUUCCGCCACUCCCGCAUCGGCCACGCCGGUUUCGCCAACGCCCGUGCCCUGGCCCGGAUCGGCUCCAUCGUGGCUCUCGGGGGCACCGUCGACGGUCGCCAGUAUCUUACCCCGGCCACGGUGGCCCGCAUGCUCCAGGAGCACGUGAGCGGCCCGGACCUAGUGCUCUUCGCCCGCCUGCGCUUCGGGCUUGGAGUCGGGCUGCCGGUCCCGCAGACUCUGCCGUGGCUUCCGGAGGGCCGUAUCGGGUUCUGGUGUGGCUGGGGGGGAUCAUCGGUGGUGAUGGACACGGGUCGGCGCAUGUCGAUUGGCUACGUGAUGAACCGCAUGGGAGAGGGGACCCUGGGCAAUGACCGGAUCGCGAGCUACGUCCAGGCGAUCUAUGAGGCUGUAAAUGCGUUGCCGUCGGGGUCUGUUCCGGCGGUGGAAAGGGGGGAGGAAUGAGAUCGCAGUCGCUGGUUUUUACGUGGAGACGGUGCAGCUAGUAAUGGUGCACAGCUAGGGCAAAAGCUAUUCCGCAAACGCUCGAUUGAAGCCGU